CCAACAUCGGAUGAAGCUGAGUGACACUUGCUCUCGAGUCGAUUUCUGUAGUAUAUCAACCCUAAAACUAACUCCACCGCGGGUUUUUCCUUCGUUAGAUGAAGUGUUUGUAAAGUAUAUCACACUUCCGGUCAUCAAGCGAGCGUCUCCAUUGACACGAGCAGUCGGCUGCUUGGCAACAGAAUAACAACCAGGCAGCCAUGGCAGAGGCCGUCGUGUCCGAUGUCCACAAGAAGAUCAGAGCAGUGUUUGAAGCGUUCGACAAUGAGUCUAACAACACAGUGGAUGUCAGGGAGAUUGGCACCAUCAUAUAUUCCCUGGGUUGCUUUCCCACUCAGGCAGACCUACACGACUUAAUAGCUGAGGUUGAAAAGGAUCACACAGGAUACAUCUAUUUGGACAAUUUCCUCCCAGUCAUGACCAAAGUGCUGCUGGAGCACAAGUUCCCUCCCAUCCCUGAGGACCUUCUGCUUCAGGCUUUUGAGGUUCUGGACAAAGAAAAGAAAGGAUACCUGGAGCCCGAGGAGCUGACAAAGUACAUGACACAGGAAGGGGAGCUCUUCUCUCAGGAGGAGAUGGAUGAGAUGCUGACAGCACUUGCUGACCGCGACAACAAUGUUCUCUAUUACAAAGACUUAAUCAGCCAGCUGACCAUCGACCCGGACAUGUAGACAAUGUCGCAGUGUUGGCAUAACUGUGCUUGUUGUUAAUGUGGGCUACUAGUUCUGAUAUGGUACAAUAAAUAAAUGUAAAU